CUCUCUGUACCUUUAAGGAAACGAAGAAGAAACGAGCGCGCUUCCGGUUUCUUUUUGUGACGUCACUUCCUUUCUGUCCGUGGUAACCAUCGAGUGAACACGCGCUCCCAUUUUGCUCAAAAUGCGUUACGUUGCUGCUUACCUGCUCGCCGCCCUUGCGGGCAACGAGAGUCCAGACGCCAAACACAUCAAGAAGAUCCUGGACAGCGUUGGCAUUGAGUCCGAUGACACCCGUCUGGAGAAGGUGCUCUCCGAGCUCAAAGGCAAGAAAGUGAACGACGUCAUCGCAGCAGGUUUCAGCAAGCUGGCCAGCAUGCCAGCAGGUGGCGCUGUCGCCGUCGCCAGCUCUGCAGGUGCGAGCUCAGGAGGAGCCGCAGCCCCCGCCGCCGCAGCAGCUGAAGUAAAGAAAGAAGAGAAGAAGGAAGAGUCCGAGGAAUCUGAUGAUGAUAUGGGAUUCGGUCUAUUUGACUAAGAUCUUCCAUGGAAUAAAAUUUGUGUACAAAGUUG